GUCAUUGAAUCCGAUGCCUUCUACGACAUGGCGGGAGUUGGCCUCCUGUGUUUGCAUAGCCUCGAUCUUCACGCCCUACGACCACACACCUUCAGAGGCCUCAGGAACGUCACCCAGAUCUCCAUCAAGGAAUCUGACCUGGGCGUGAUGCGCGAGGAGGCAUUCAGUGGCCUGCAGAACGUGGGUGAGCUUCGGAUAAUCAGCAACAAGGUCGAUGUCCUGGAGUCCCUGGAAAUCCUGCAGGAGUCCAACGUCGACGGCGUCAUCGUCACGGGGAAUCACUUCCUUCAGGUCACACGCCAGAGGCCCUUCCGCAUCCAGGCCAAUCUGCGCUCGGUCGUCACGGAGAACUUCGUGCCGUGUUCGUGCCAGCUCCGUUGGGUGCUCAACUCCCCGACGGCCCUUCAGGCUCCGCUCUUCUCUCGACACAACUUCUGCGUGUCCCCUUACACCCUGCACGGGAAGGCCAUCUCCACGGUGGAUCUGGAGCAGCUGAGCCCGUGCGCCGCCCCUCAGGAGUACCAGGGGUCCGAGAGCACCGAAGUCGCGUCAGGAUCGCCGUGUCCCUCGACGUCGCGACGGAUCUUCGUCGCCGCGUUCAUCAUGCUGUUGCUGGGCGUGUUCGAGCGUGGCUGGUGACCCGACCUUCGGCUUCGCUUCUGUCCGUGUGUUCUUAGCCCAAUGUCAGUCUGUACAAAGACGACUUCCUGGUAGUGUCGCUGAAGAGAAUGGCUAGAGAUUCGAACUUAAAAAAAAGCUUUGUUGUCACUAUUUCACACUUUUACUAAAAAAAUAUAUAUUUAAAAAAAUGCGCAAAUGAAAAUCUUCAACAACGUAGCGUUACUUUUCUCUUCAAUAGGGUUCCUUAGGUGUCUUGGAAGGAUAUAGAUAUAGGUAUCACAAAAAUCUUUCGCAUUAUCAUUUUGCUCAUAGAUUACUCAGUAAAAGGAUGUCUUCAUCUAUAACAGGCUAUCCUUAAUGGUGAUAAUCCCGUUGUACAGCCAGCUGUGUAAG